AUGGCGAACGAGAAUGUUUCGAAUUUGAUCAAUCUGUCCGACGAAGGAAGCAGCCCUGGUGAACCCUGUGACGUCACUCUAGAAAAUUUUGCGGAGUGCGGUUCAUCGUCAAAUAGCAGCGAAGGAGAUUCGCUUACAGGCAAAGAGUUCUACGUAACAGCCUCCGAGGCUCUGCUGGACCUGAGCCAGAACUCCUUCGAUUUUCUGCAGACCGCUGGCUCAAAUGCUCAUCAUAGGAGUGAAAGUAACGACUUCGGUCGUUUGUCACUUUUCAAAAAGUUCGACCCACUUAUUGCUUCGAAAACUGGUCAGACAUGUGACGAACAGUAA